UCGGUAGAGCAUCAGACUUUUAAUCUGAGGGUCCAGGGUUCAAGUCCCUGUUCGGGCGAAAAAGUUUUAUGAACUAAAUAAGAACACCGACUUUGCACAAUGAAAAUAGUAGUUAAAAGUGUGCAAGUGCAUGUGGCAAUUAAAAACAGCGUAAAGAAGAAAAACAUUUGGUUGGCCACUGAGAAUACACAUUAUGUAACAGGAAGCUGGUGAAGAGCCCUUAAAAGGCAGGCAGCAUGAAUUUAGACAGCAUAUCUCAGUGCACUCAUGGAGUACACACUUGCUAUCAUACUGCUCUUCUUCUUAGCAGGACCAUGUUUGUCUCUGCCUGGACAGAUUUCCUCUCGGUCAAAUUUUGGAGCAAGACGACAAAGGAGAACCUACUCUGAUGAUAUAGAAGAAAACACUCCGAUUGCAAUGGAAAGGAUCAUAGACGUAAAUGACUAUCAAGGUGUCAUUUCUGUGGAUGGCACAAACCUCAGAGAAGGAGAUAUAGCCGUGUCCAGCAGGAGUCACAAGAACUGUUUCGCCAGAAGCUGCCUGUGGACCAAAUCUAUAGAUGGAAAAGUGUACAUUGCAUACUCAGUGUCUCAUGCAUAUAGCGAGGAAGAAGUGGAGAACAUUAAGAAAGGCAUGAAGCUCAUUGAACAUGACACUUGUGUGCGAUUCGUGCCCAGAACUCACCAGAGGGACUACCUGGAUAUUCAGCCCAAAACAGGGUGCUGGUCAUAUCUGGGAGCACGUGGUGGUAGACAAACCAUUUCUCUUCAGACACCUGAGUGCACCGGGUCAGGGGUCACCGUCCAUGAGUUAAUGCAUGCCCUGGGCUUUGUUCACGAACAAUCCCGAGCUGACCGGGACAAGUAUGUCACCAUCAUGUGGUCCAAUAUAUGGCAAGACCGGCUGAGGAAUUUUGAAAAGUUUAAAACAGACAACCUGGACACCCCCUACGACUACGGCUCUAUCAUGCACUUUGGAAAGUAUGCCUUCUCUGAGGACGGGGAACCUACUGUUGUACCGAAAAGAAACUGGAACGUGAAGAUUGGACAGAGAUUUGGACCCAGCGACUUGGAUAUAAUGAAGAUUAAUAGAAUGUAUAAAUGUAAUGCAUAAUAACACCCAUUUACAGUAA